AACUUGUUGGGCUUGUGGGAGGGCGACUGGGGGCUUGCUGCUCACGGGCCCUUCGGCUCCGAGACCCGCGUGGCCGUCUACAGCGUCGCCAUGUCGUCGGUGUUCGGAAAACCCCGCGCGGGCAGCGGGCCGCACAGUGCACCCCUCGAGGUUAACCUGGCCAUCCUGGGGCGCCGCGGGGCCGGCAAGUCCGCCCUAACUGUGAAGUUUCUGACCAAGAGGUUUAUCAGCGAAUAUGACCCCAACUUGGAGGAUACCUACAGUUCUGAGGAGACUGUGGACCACCAGCCUGUCCACCUGAGAGUCAUGGAUACUGCAGAUCCGGACAUCCCUAGGAACUGUGAGCGCUACCUGAACUGGGCCCAUGCCUUCCUGGUCGUAUACAGCAUCGACAGUCGCCAGAGUUUCGAGGGCAGCAGCAGCUACCUGGAGCUGCUGGCCCUGCACGCCAAGGAGACGCAGCGUGACUACCCUGCCCUGCUGCUAGGCAACAAGCUAGACAUGGCCCAGUACAGGCAGGUCACCAAAGCUGAAGGUGCAGCAUUGGCCAGCAGGUUUGGGUGCCUGUUUUUUGAAGUCUCUGCCUGCCUGGAUUUUGAGCACGUGCAGCACGUCUUCCAUGAGGCAGUACGGGAGGCCCGGCGGGAGCUGGAGAAGAGCCCCCUGGCCCGGCCCCUCUUCAUCUCCGAGGAGAAGGCCCUGUCCCACCAGACCCCACUAGCUGCUCGGCAUGGGCUAGCCAGUUGCACCUUCAACACUCUCUCUACUAUCAGCCUGAAAGAGAUGCCUACUGUGGCCCAGGCUAAGCUGGUCACUGUGAAGUCAUCCCGGGCCCAGAGCAAGCGCAAGGCACCCACCUUGACUCUACUGAAGGGCUUCAAGAUCUUCUGAGGACAUUCUACAAGAACCUUGGGCUCAUCUGAUGGCCAGGGCUUCAGGGCUUGUCUCCACCAACCUUGUCCCCUGAUGAACCAAUAGCCUUUGCCCUCUAGUAGAUAGCAGACUCUGUCUCCAGCACCAAGCAGGGCUCUAUACUCCAUUCAUUGUAUGAGCCAGGGGGACAGGCAUGAAUGUUGUUCCUAUUCCCUCCAAGCCUUGGUCUCCAUGAUAACCACUGCAUUUCACCCUGGAGGGAAGCUGCCCCUGGUACAGCCCAGAGACCUGGGGUCAGUCACAAGCAGGAAGGAACUGCAGUAUACAUUGUGUGCCAUGAGCCUUUCCUGCUCCAGCCACUGCCAGGCCGGCUGCAUCUCCUCACUGUAGUCUUGGAUAGACCACCUAGAGAAACUUUGUUCACAGGAAGGUUUAGAACAGCCUUCAGGAUGGCUGGCCCUGAGGUCCUAGCGCCACCUGGUGGUAGGGAAAGGCAGGGGCGCUGUUCAGAGGCCAAAGCCUGGCACCUCCCAUGACUUCUGACCACUCAGACGCUCCAGGCUACAAACCCUACAGUUUAUCCAAGAAAAGUCUAGUUGAAAUGAUCCUGUGGGAUACCUGGAUAUGGCAAAGGAACUGAGACUGGCAUAUUUUCAGCACUUGACUCUCAAUGAAGGGAGAAGAGAGGGAGUGUGAGGUGCCAGGUUAGGGAAACUCCGGCAUUUUUAUCAGCAUUCAUAGGGUUCUUGUACCCACUUUGUUAGUAGACCCCCCGCCCCAGGACCACCUUUCUCAAGUUUAAUGACAAAGGUUAUAGAAUAAGGUCAUUCUGUCCAGUGACAGUCCUCAGAGAAUCCACAGCUGGCAGGAUCAGACGUCAUCUGGUGGGCACCAUCAGCUUGCCCACUGUUAGGUAAAUGUAGUGUGGUUUAGUUGGAUCUACAACUCUCAGCAAUGGAUCUGAGUGUUCAAAGCCCACUUUUAUAAGACAAAACCCAAAGCCUUUGGGAUUAAUAAGACAGAUUUCAAAAAUUAUUUGGUGUUUUGCCAAGACUCAGAUGUGAGACAGUUUUCACAGAUGAGGGUACAGUUAUUUUUAAUGUUUGUCACAAACCCCUAGAUGAGGAGGUACAGAAGAGGGCAUCAGAAGAACUGGGAAGGCUGCUCCUUGUACUCCCAGCCAGCAGGUCUAGGAGCUUAGACUGAAGAUCUCUCUAACUCAGUCUUCAGCUCCAUUUUACAGCUGGAGAUGCUGAGGCAUGGAGGUCAUGAACUACUCAAGGCAGGUCCUGGCCCUGUGUCCUGGUCAGCUCCAAAUUUUGUACUUUUGCUCCAAGCCACUUGGGGUGUGUGUGUGUGUGUGUGUGUGUGUGUGUGUGUGUGUGUGUGUGUGUGUGUGUGUACCACUAUUGUCUGAAUCAACUAUGCAAUUUUGACUGCCCACUUUGAGAAACAGUUAAUAAAAGACUUUUUUUAAUAAUAA